AUGAUUAAUCAAAUAUCUCAUAAUUCUUAUGAAUAAUAUAAGAACGAAUUAACUUCAACAAAAAGAAGCCUUUCAUAAUCCAAAAGCAUACAAGAUGCAUCGGUCUAAGCUGAAUUUUCAAACGCAUAACUAAUGAAAAUUAUAGAUGAUAUUGAUAAAAUUCAUUAAUAAGAGAAAAAAGCAUUACUUGAGCAAAUCAAUUUUUUAGAAAAAAAGCUACAAUAAACAAAGGCAAAGCAAUUGAUUUAAUGUAUAAAUGAAGUUAAGAAUAUUUACUUGAACUAGAUUGAAAUAAAUAAACCAAUUCGUACAGCCUUGGACUCUCUAGAGUAACUGAUUAAUGAAAGGUAACAAUAUGAAGUAUCAGAUCUUAAAUACCGCCUCCAUCAAGCGGAGAAAGUUUUAAAAUUACCUACAGCUGAAUUUAAAACAUACCCUGUAGAUAAACUUGUAAAUUCUAUAAAGAAGUGUCAAUAGUUUGAAUCUGAAAAGAUAAGCUUAGGAAAUAUUUUAGAAGAAUUAAAUUAAGCCGAUGAUCAAUGGAACUAAAUUUAAAAGGAUCUAUAUGACGAAAGCAGCACUUUGUUUAAUUCAUUAUAAACAACUACCUAAAAUAUUUUUUAUGAACUCUCUUUGCUGGAUUGCAAUAAAUGAU